AUGCGUUCUGUCAGGAGGCCGAACGGUAACGGAGAAGAGUGCGAACAUCUUGCCGAACACCUACCGGAUAAGUACCAAUUCGGACUUUCUGGAUCGCUCAACCUUACAGAAGCUGUUCUCCAAGAUAUCGAACAAUACGAGCCCAGUACUCCCGGGGAAGAGUGCACUCUACAGAAGUGCAAAGAUGUCAUCAACAAACAAGUUGACCACCAGUCAGCCCAAAGUCUCGGCAGAUUCCUGUUCUGGUUUCUCAUCUGCUCCGUCAUUACCAACAUCGCAUCUUUCUACGUCAUGCAUAAAACUUGUUCAAUAUUCCACCUUUUUACUACGCUAAUUCUCGGCUUGGACACUAUGUUCCUCUUCGCAAGUCUCGCCUUGUGCUUUGUGGCGAUGAGCUACGAAGCUGGCCCGUACUUGAAAGAGGUUGAACUAUCAGAAUUUUCAGACAUGGAAAUGAUCGGUCCUGCCUUUUGGGCAUUGCUCUCGAUUCUGAUCGGGCGCCUGAUUUCGAAUCCGCCGUUGCUCUUGGGUGUAAUCCCGUUGGUGGUUCCUAUGGCCGUCAUCUCUUAUUUCCUUGUACACAUGAAGGGCUUCUUCACUAUUGUCAGCACUACUGUUGUGGAGGAUCUAACGAGAAUGGCGCCACCUGAAGGGAUGUGA